UAGUCUACUAAAGAUGAAUAUUUAGUUAAACUGGUAAAUUACAACACUGUUUUCCAGAUGAAUAAAACAUUUUUUUUUUACUCGGGAACAGCACAGGGAAAACGACACCAUUUUAGUUUUAAAACGAAGAUGGUUUUACUUCAGCCCCAUUGAGAGGAACUGGCUUGCGGUUGGUUUAAAGAGCGAGGAGUACGCGGAAACUAUUCAAUGUGAUUGUUUUCAUUCCCCAGGUCAAACGGAACCGGGCUGUACGGGGUCUACAGACAAUGAGAGAGAGAGGAGUGUGCAGUCAUAGAUUUGUCUCAAUCCAGAAAACUGGGAUAGAAAGAGAUCAACGAAUCUGCAAGUUGAUUAUUAUUAUUAUUAUUAUUUUUUUUAAAUGUAAUUUAAUUAAACAUUAUACAGUUAUCACCGAGACAGACGAGAACAAGAAUGGAGCUGUAGGUGUGGAUUCAAGACAGGGUAGAAGAUGGAGCAUGAUCUCAUCAAGGAGGAGGUCCUUGGGCAAGCUACAAUACCAAAGCCAUUAAAAAAGACUCCUAUUGAAGAUAAAGAGGUGGACUACUACUUUGCAAGGGGUGGCAGUGUGUUAGGGUCUACCCACAUUAAAGAGGAGGUCAUUGACCCAGAACUGGAGUCUUUCCACAUUAAAGGACUCCCUGGACUGCAGUCUGAGUUCUUUGCAGAGAAUAGCAGUGUGCUUGGCUCUGUCUGUGUUGCAGAGGGACAGGAGAAUGGAAAGAAAAUGCGCCAGGAUCGAAUGCGUACUGGGGACACUUUGUAUUGCUGCAUUGAAUGUGGAAAGAGUUUUAGUUCUUUAGACGCCCUUACAAAUCACCAGCAAACUCACCCAAGAGAAACCUUGUUCCACAGCGCUGGCGGGAGUGUCUGUGAGUCACAAGAUCAAGAAACAUCUGAGACAAAAGGGACUGUGGAUCAAGAACAUCAAUCUUACCCCUGCCCUCACUGUGACCUCUAUUUCACUGGGGAACAGCACCUUGAGAAGCAUAUCCAAAACAGACACACGGAGCACCCUUUUCCCUGCGCUCUCUGUGGGAAGAGUUUCAAGGACUCUGACAAACUGAAAAAGCACCAGCAAGUUCACGUGGGACAGAAACCGCACCGUUGCAGUGAAUGCAGCAAGAGUUUUACUCAGUCUUCAGCCCUGAAAACGCACCAGCGAAUCCACACAGGGGAGACCCCCUAUCACUGUGCCGAAUGUGGCAAGAGAUUCAAGCAGCUGGGAGCUCUCAGAACUCACCAGCGCUAUCACUCUGGAGACGCCCCCUACCACUGUGCUGAGUGUGGCAAGACUUUCAAACAGUUAGGAGACCUUAAAAAACACCAACAAGUUCACACUGGCGAGAGGCCGUAUCACUGUACCGAAUGUGGGAAGGGUUUCAGAGACUUAGGACACCUUAAAACGCACCAGCGACUUCACACAGGAGAGACUCCCUAUCACUGCAAUGAGUGCGAGAAGCGUUUCAAGCAGUUGGGAGAUCUGAAAACGCACCAGAGAAUUCACACAGGAGAGACCCCGUAUCGCUGUAUCGAUUGCGGGAAGAGUUUCAGAGAGUCAGGGCACCUUAAAAAACACCAACGCAUUCACACAGGUGAGGCACCGUAUCUCUGCACUGACUGUGGGAGGCGUUUCAACGAUUCGGGCAACCUUAAGAGACACCAGCGGAUUCACACAGGGGAGACUCCACACCAGUGUACGGACUGUGGGAAGAGUUUUAGACAUUUGGGAGAUCUUGUAAAACACCAGCGGGUUCACACAGGAGAGACACCUUAUCGCUGUACUGAAUGUGGAAAGAGUUUUGGGCAGUCCGGUACCCUGAAAACUCACCAGCGAACCCACAAAAGAGACAAAUUGCUGAACUGCACCAAAGACGUGUUGUAUCUCCUGGAUACAAUGGACGACUUGAAGAUGGAGCCCGUACAAGUUGAAGAGUAUGUUCUAGAGCAGGGAUGUUCUACCACAAAACCGUUUACAAAAUGUACACCAAUUCAGGAGGAUGCCCUUGUACUGGAAUCUGACUCGAUUGCGAAGGAUGUCUUCAAACUGGGGUUUGUCCCCGUUCUGAAAACUGGCCACCACAAGAUUAACACGAAGGCCUCAAAAAGCUUGCAUACUAAUUUUAAAGUGGAGCAAAAAUCUAUACAGAAAAAACUUCUGAUCCCUCCGCUGAACUCGAUUCCUAAAGGAGAAACCUCAACGGAAGAACUAGUCGUCAAGGAUCGAGAGGAGCUCUCAUCCGCAUUGGACCACAAACCUCAGUCCUACCCGUGUCCUCGCUGCCGGAUCUAUUUCACUGGGGAGGAGUACCUGGAGAAGCAUAUCCAGGAGACCCAUGGAGAACGAAUCCUCACAGAAGACACCCUGUACUGCUGCAUCGAAUGCGGCAAGAGCUUCAGCUCUCUGGACGGCCUUACAAACCACCAGCUAACGCACGGCACCGAGGCCUCCCUGCAGUGCCGCGAGUGCGGAAAGACCUUCGGAAACUCCUGCACCUUUAAAAGACAUCUCCGGAUCCACACUGGCGAAACCCCUUACCAGUGCCAGGAGUGUGGGAAGAGCUUCCGGGAGUCUGGGAACCUCAAAAUCCACCAGCGCAUUCACACAGGAGAGCGGCCGUACCACUGCAGCGAGUGCGGGAGGACGUUUACCAGAUCAGAGCACCUGAAAAGCCAUCAAAGGAGCCACACCGGAGAGAUGCCGUUUCACUGUGCCGAAUGCGGGAGGAGCUUUGUCGAGUCGCGCGCACUCAGGGCCCACCAGCGGACGCACACGGGCGAGACGCCUUAUCACUGCUCCCACUGCGGGAAAGGGUUUAAGCAAUCCAAUGCUCUCAAAACCCACCAGAGGAUCCAUACCGGAGAAACUCCCUACGAGUGUGCGGACUGUGGGAAGAAGUUCCGAACUUCCAAGCAGUUGACGAUCCACCAGCGCACUCACACAGGAGAGAAGCCCUAUCGCUGUGCUGUCUGUGGGAAGUGCUUCAAGGAGCUGGGAGCCCUGAAAAAGCACAAGCGUAUUCACACAGGCGAUAAGCCCUAUCACUGUAGCGAAUGUGGGAAGAGGUUUACCUACUCAUACCAGCGCAAAACCCACAGGUGCUGAUGCCAAAGAUGAAUACGGAAUCCUCCUCCGCUGGCUCGGGAGCCUCGUGGGUUGGGUAUUUUGUUGCCAGAAUAAGUUGAUUUGAUUGUUAAAUAUCUUGCUUCAAAAAUAUGUUUUAAAACAUUUUAAACUAAUUUUAAAACUCCUGUUUUUAAUUUCAAAAAUUAUUUUAAACAAAGUCCAAAUUCUAGGUAUUUACCAGAAAUGAUUUACUCCAAAUUGGGAUUAUAGAAUUCAGGGUCUGGGUGGAGAUUUAAUUGGUUCAAUUAAACAAUCUAGAACAGGGUUGGAACAAAGACCAGGACUGGAAGGGCUAACUUUGUCCAUCCCUGUCUUAGAAGAAUUCAAUAGCCAACUGACCCCUCUUCAAAAAAAAAAAAAAAAGGUGAAUAAUUUUAAUAAG